ACCGAGCCCUCCACACCCAGCGGCCCACCAUGCCGGCCGGGAUGAAGCCGCUGGAGAAGUUCCUGAAGAAGCAGACCACGGCGCUGACCCGGGCGGGCGGCUUCGUCGGCGGGGUGGCGGACAAGGCCAGCGGCGGCACCGGGGCGUCCCGCCGGAGGGCCAGCCUGUCCCGGGUGGUUCCGUUCUUCAGGGAGACGUCGCCGGAGAGCGGCCAGGCCCGGGAGGUGUUCAGCCCCGACAGCGAGGACCCGCCCUCCUGGCCCUCGGCGGCGGGAACCGGCCCGGUCUCGGUGCCCGGCAGCGCCAACAGCUCCGGUUCCGGUUCUGGAGGAGGAGACGUCCGCAGCCCGUCCCUGUCCAGCGACGAGCAGAGCUCCGAGGCCAGUCUGGUCACCGACGGAGGAGGGACGCCGCUGCACCCCGACACCCCCGACAACCUGACGCUCGCCGUGCUGGACAGCGUGGCGGGAAAACGCUUCGGACACUGUACAGAAACGCUGCUGGAUGACUUCAUGUUGACACAUCCCAUCUUCCUGACGGCCGACAGGCUCCAGCAAGUCCUGCUGCAGCAAUUCAGUUUGGAGGGAGACGGAGGGGGGAGGGAGGGGGUAGGAGGAGGAGGAGGAGGAGGAGGAGGAGGUGAUGAAGAUGCAGAGGCAGCCAUGAUGGACGGAGCAGAGAGGAAGCAGGCCGUGCUGAAUGUGGCGUUUAGAUACCUGGACACCUACAGAGAGCUGCUGCAGGAGGAGGGAGAGCGCAGCAACAGCUUCCCCAAGGAGCUAUACCUGUGUGCGGUUCAGGAACUGACUCGGUAUCCUGAACUGGUCGAGGACGUCCUCAAACUUCAGAGGUGGACCGAGAUCUUACACUGCCCCUCUGAUGAGGAGAAGGAAAGCAGGAAGAAGCAGGUCCGUCCUCUCUUCAGACACUUCAGACGCAUCGAUGCCUGUUUGCAGCCCAGGGAGGCGUUUAGGGGCUCUGAUGAGAUCUUCUGCAGGGUUUACACUCCGGAUCAUUCCUACGUGACCAUCCGGAGCCGGCUGUCCUGCCGGGUCGGAGAGAUUCUGGCUCUGGUCCGAGAGAAGCUGCAGUACAGCGAGGACCAACCGGUUCUGCCCGGAAACCUCAUCCUGGUGGCGGUGACGUCAGCCGGAGAGAAAGCAGUGUUUCGUCCGAGCGAUGAGGCCGUCUUCACCACGCUGGGAGUCAACACUCACCUGUUCGCCUGCGAGGCCUCCGAACUGGACUCACUGCUGCCUCUGCCUGAAGAGAUCCACUGGAGUCCCGGAGACAGCAAACUACACGACAUGUCAGCUGAGGAGGUUUCUAACCAGCUGGUGGUGUUUGACUGGGAGCUGUUCAGCUGCGUGCACGAGGUGGAGUUUGUGUGUUACGUGUUUCAUGGGGAGCAGUCUCGCUGGCGCCCCCUGAACCUGGAGCUGGUCCUGCAGCGCUGCAGCGAGGUGCAGCACUGGGUCGCCACGGAGAUCCUGCAGUGUCAGUCGCUGCCCAAGAGGAUCCAGCUGCUGCGCAAGUUCAUCAAGAUCGCAGCGCUCUGUAAGCAGCAGCAGGAUCUUCUCUCCUUCCUCGCUGUGGUUCUGGGUUUGGACAAUCCGGCCGUCAGCAGGCUGAGACUCACCUGGGAGGGUCUGCCGGGGAAGUUCAGGAAACAGUUCCAGCAGUUUGAAAGCAUCGCGGACCCGUCCAGGAACCAUAAGUCCUACAGAGACCUGAUCACCAGCCUGAGGCCUCCUCUGAUCCCGUUCACUCCUCUGCUGCUCAAAGACUUGACGUUUCUUCACGAGAGCUGUAAAACGUUUCACGGUGAACUCGUCAACUUUGAGAAGAUGCAUAAAGUGGCCGAGAUGGUGAGGAUCAUUAGACGAUACAGGAGCAGUCAGCUAGCCAUGGAUACAGAGACGUCCCCCUCUCACCUGCAGACGAAGGCCUACGUCCGGCAGCUGCAGGUCAUCGACAACCAGAACCUGCUGUUCGACAUGUCCUGCAAGCUGGAGCCCAAAGACACGUAGAGCGACAGCGACGACGAGGACGACGGCGAUGACGACGGCGAAACUUCAACCCUCCUCCUGAUCAUCUGCCUGAAACAAGAGAAGACACCACCUUUUAUUUUGUACGUUCAGAGCUCCGCCAACCAAAACGUCCCAGCGUCCUCGUCCUGUGGCGGCCAUUUUGUCUCAGUGUUUGUCAGUCUUCGUUGAAACGUUCGUCUGAGGCGUCUGAGGUGCAGGUCUGGAA